GUCACCAAAUGAUAAGAGACAUUUGGAAUAAUGGCACAACCUGUGUCGCUCACCGUGGUUUUUGCUGUAACUGUAGCGUGCGCUUCUGUAUUUGGCACAGUUGAUGCAAAUUAUGAUGUAGACCAAGAAAAUGUUCCGCGCCUUGAGGAAAAGGAUAUGGAUGUAGAAAAGCUAAAACAAAGUGUACUGAAAUUUAAUCAGAUGCUGAUUGACCAGUACAAGAAAAUAAACAAACUUACCAAGCAACAAGAAACAAGCAUCGCUGAAAAUGCCUUUACGCAAGAAUUAACAACAAAAAAAGUUGACGAACGAAAUCGAUGUUUUGAAAGGAAAAGUUUCUAAAUUGGAGUCGAAAAUGAAGCGAAAAUGGAGGAGAAUAUCCAUAACACAGCAUCUUCAGAAAGGAAAUCUGCAAAAAUAAUAACAGAGCAAGUAAAAACCAAUAAAGUAGCACAACGACAUGCUGGGACCGUUGGGAUCGCUUUCUUUGCUUCACUUACCAACCAUAUGGAGAAUCUCGGAGCUGGACAGCACAUUGUCUUUGAUAAUGUCUUCACAAACGAAGGCGGUGGCUACAAUCAAUACCACGGCAGCUUUACGGCUCCAGUCCCCGGAAUAUACGUAUUUUCUCUCACGCUGCUGUCCUUCCAAAAUCAAGCAGCGCACUUCCGAAUUCUUCGCAAUGGCGCUAUCCUUGUUCACAUCUGGCCUGAUGGCAGAGGUGACAACGAUUACGAUACGGCAGCGGGUACAGUCGCCCUUGUCCGCAACGCUGGUGACGUCAUUGCUGUUGACAGCCAAUGGGCUCGUCAAAAUCUAUACAGGGAGCAUUAUUCUUUUUUCUCUGGAUUCUUGCUAAAGUCGUUUUUAAACAACGAUGUAGGGCAGAAUGUACAAUAGCUGUAAAAGACAUGUGACACAAUUUACCGUUCAGAUUGAAUUAUAUGUGUUUUUCCGAAAUGGACCCCAUGUCGAAAACAAUUAAAUAUAAUUGCGUAGUAUUGGCUUUUAC